AUGUCAAACAUCUAUGUUAAUACAAGUAACAUUAAUAAUGUUUCAUCGACUUAAAAGAAGAGGAUAUUUGAUAACACUCCAUCGAAUUAAACUCAAAAUCUAUUGCAAUUACCUACUUAAAAAUAACCUUAGUUAAGUGUGAAUUCCUUGAAUAUUGAUCCUGAAUUAUCAUAUAUUGCACCUGUAGAAAUGGAGUAAUAAAAACCUGCUUCAAAGAUUGAAGGUUAAAUAAAAAGUGAAAUUAGAAAUGAAUAAAUAUCUUAAGAAGACCCAGCAAAACAAAGUUUAUUGAAAGAGGUUUAAUUAGAGAAUUUAGAAAACAUCUUCACAUUAUUUAGAUCAACAGUGCCAAUGAAUUAAUCAAACCUAUAAGCUUCAAGAUUGAUCUCAUCAAAUGUUGAACCUUAAUAUUAUUAGUAAUUAGAAAUUGAUGCAGAAAAUAUUCGAGAUCGUAUCAAAAUGGAAGGUCGAACAGUGCAUACAAUUAUUGAAAAGCAUAGUAGAAUUAAACAAUAAAAAUUAAAUAUUACUUAAUAACUUAAAAAUAUUCAGACUUCAUUGUAUUAGUAUGAUUAAUGCACUUCUUACUAAAAAUUUUAAAGAGAAAUUAAAUAUGCUUUUAAUCAAUUUGAAUCCAAAGCUGAUGAAUUAAGAGAUUUAUUUAAUGAAGCAUUUAAUUUCAUGUCAGUAGUUUCUGUGGCAGCUUAUGAAAGAUUACAUAAGCCUUUUGAUGAAUCAGAAGCUGUGAGUGAAGCUGAAUUCACAUCUGUAUCCCUUAAGCAUUUCUCGGAUAUUGAGUUGAUGGCUAAGGAAUAUGAAUAAACGCUUUCUGAAAAAAGAAGGUAAAAUAGUAUUAUUAAUAUAAUUUAGAUUGGGAAAUAUCAACCAAAAUCAUUAAUAAUAUAAAUCUAUUUGCUCCAAAUUGUUAUAAUUAAUUAAAUCUUUUCCUUAAUAAGAAUAAGAGCUUUAAUAAAAAAUGAUUAAUUUAUAACGCGUUUCCUCUAUAUAUUUUAAGGGAGUUUCAAAAGAUAUAUAAAUAUGUUUAUCAAACUACUUGCUAAUUAUCUAAGAAUAUAGGCUAUCGCUAGCAGCAAUUGAUAAAAUUGCUAUUCAAAAAGAUUUGUUAUAAGAAUAUUAUGAUAGCUUUGAUUAUUAUUAAUAUCUUAUAUUUUAUUUAAAUUAAUAACCUUAAAAUUACAAAGAUAACUAUUACUAAUUUAAAUGCCAAAAAGACGAACUUAAAUUUGUACACUUUGAUUAGACUAAAUACUUUUUUGCAAUGAAGAAUAAGAUUUAUUAAAAAUCAUGUUUAUUUAUCGAUACAAUUCAAAAUUAAGUUAAUUCCUAGAAAGCAGCAGUGAAUUUCAUACUUCCAUUAAUAGAUGAAUUUAAAAAAUAUCAAAAUAAUAAUUUUUAGGACUUUUUCGAUUAAAUUUUCUUUAAUUUACAAUAAUCCAUAUCCAAAGAAUAAUGGUAGCAUCUUAUAAACCUAUAUUAAGAAGUAUAAUAAUCAAAAUGCAUUCUUAAAAUACUAUUAGUAAAAAUAAACAAUGUAUAAUAACAACAUCCUACAUUAAGUGAAUUUAAAGAGAAGUUUGUGAAAAAAAUUGAAACAGAGCUGAAAUUUAUUAAUUCUUUGAGUCCAAAAGUAGAACCAUAUAUAAACAUUCAUGAUAUCGAUGCACAUGUUUAAUAUUUGACAUUUAAAGAAAGCUAUUAAAAAUAAAGAUAAGCUAUGGACUUAAAAAUUCAAGAAAUUAUUGUUAACUUGCCUCAACAAUUACAACUAAGUGAUAUUGAGAGUUAAAACUUGAAAAAGAUAAAUAUUGAAAAGUUCUUUAGUUAGUCACAUUAAUUAGAAUAAAUUGCCAUAAAAUUAUAAAGGAAGAAGGUUUCUUAAGACGUUGAGUAUAUUAAAUAGUAGUUGUAGUCGGAUAUAACAUUUGAAAAGGAUGUUAUAUGUUUAUUAGAGUCUAUGCAAUAUUUGCAUUCUGGAAAUCUCUAGAUGAUUGUUGAGGAUUUUAAUGAAAUUGAUCAGAAGAACAACAAUAGUUCAUUAUAACAAUUGAUUGAAGUAGUUCUGGAGAGUUAAAAAAGGAUAGAAUUAAUCUAAAGCGAAAAGUUGCAAGAAAUUAAAUAAGUUUAAGUAUAAGGAUUUAGAUGGAUAUUAAAUUUAUUUAAAUAAUAUGACUAAUUUAGAAAAGUAUUUAUUCUUAAAUAUAAAGAAUUUAAUUGAACUUAUUUUCCCAAUGUAGGAGGAGUAAUAAAUAGAAUAUUCAAGAACAAUCUACAUCUCAAAUUAUGAAGACUUUUUAGUUGUUAAUAGGUUUAGCCAUUUGUUCUAUUUUUUAAAUUAAUACCCACGAAAGUACUAGCAUUGGGCUUAGAUUAAGAAUGAACUGGUUAAAGUCAUUUUAAGUUCUUUCAAAAUUUCAUUAAAGAAGGUGAUGGAAAAGAUAGAUGUUUUAGGUAGAGAGAAACCAGUUAGUUUGCUUCAAUUUGACUAAGACAAUACAGACAAAAUUUUAAAAUGGUUUUCUUUAGAAUAACAUCAUUCCAAUAUAGCUAAAGCUGUGUUAAUAUAUUAGGGAUACAAAAAAACUAAAAUAUCCAACUCUUAAUUUUCAACUUCUAACACAUAAUAGGAUCAAAAGAAUAGACAAUUAAUCGAAAUUUAAACUAAAAUGCUAGAUCUCAUUAACAAACUUAAAGAUUAACUAGAAAUGCUACCUUGCGAAAUAAAGUUUGCCUAUCAUAGUGCGGCAGAUGUAUUCACAGAGGAGGAAUUCGAUAAGAUUAUUUUUACCGAAUUAUAAGAAGAGUGGGUCUUAGAUUACAUGGAAAAAGGAUAGGACCAUUCUUUCUUAACAGAUUUAUCAAAUAAUACAGGUAUCUUUGAUAAUGUAUUAUUAAAUUACAGUUUGAUUUUCAUCAAUUUGAAUCAAAUCUUGCAGUACAUUAUAUUUUUUAUUUAGAACAUAAAAUGAAAUUGACGUCAAACAAAUUAGAAAUAAUCUUUUAUAAGUUAUUAAACAUUAGACAUGA